AUGUCACAUGUUGACACAUUUAUUUGGAAAGCAAGGGAACCUGGAUUCAAGCGGUCAUUUGUCCGUAUCAUCGUAUCACAUGAUGGGGUGGUAUUGUGGAUACCUGUGACCAAAUACGAAGUGCAAUGCUUUCCGAACACCACUUUCUUCCCGUUCGACAUACAGAUCUGCUCCUUGAUCCUAGGUUCAGAGAUUUACAACAUUCGCCACAUGGACAUGAAUUUUGUCAACCGACCCAUCCCUUCGUGGAACAUUGACAAACAUCCGCUGUGGAAGGUGGAACGCAUAACUACCGAGAAGAUCCUCAAUAAGUGUUCAGGGUGUGACGUACCCUAUGUUAACCUGAAGAUAAACUUUCACUUCUCACGUCAUGCGACUGUUCCUUUCUACACGUUCGUGCUGCCGUGUUUUCUGCUGUCUUCUCUCAGCCUUGUCCUUUUCUUGUUACCAUCAGAUUUUGCCGACAAAGUCACUUUAGGCUUCGGAUUAUUCAUGGCGUUCUUCGUUCUUUUAUUGUAUCUCGUAUCAGUUCUGCCACCUUCACAAGAGCUUCCUUAUUUUGGUAUUUACUUGUGUUUCAAUUUGGCUAUUCUAACUCUGUCAACAUUUCUAAAUGUCUUGGUCGUUAACUUAGCAAACUCACAUGCGAGAAGUAAAAUUGCAAAGCCACUCCGCGCUAUUAUGUUUGAUUUCUUUGCACCAAUACUUUGUUUGAAGGACAUGGUGAAAAAGAGCAGAUCACAAUAUUUGAUUGCAGAAGAGAACAGCUUCCAGCUCAGCAUCAAUAAUUAUUGUUCACUACCAAAAAUACAGAACCAAGGAGAAGUUGACAAAGAACACCUCUGUGAAGAUGACUUACCAGAAAGUCAUCCGAGAUCAGAUUACCAACAAAUAGAAGCUGAUAUUGCUAAUAUCAGAAGAAUUGCCAGUGACUAUACAAAGAAACUCAAUGAAGCAGAAUCAGAGAAAAAAGUAUUAGAUGAGUGGAAACGGUUAGCAAUGGUGCUCAAUUGUUUGUUUUUUGUUUGUUAUUUGUUCCUAUUUGGUGGUUCGCUCAUUGCUUAUUUUCUGUUGGCUUACAUCAAAUAAAUACAGAAAAAAAAAUAUGUAUACAUUUGCCAAGAAUUUUCAUCUAAAAUCACGUUUCAUAUAAUGUCAAGUGUGGAGACAAUUAUUGAUGGAUAUUAGUCAUCCUACCUGCCAUUUAUUAAACCUUUGCACUAUUGUUUAUUUAAAACUUUAUUUCUUUGCACAGUUAACAGUAUCAAUGUCUUUUAUAAUUUUUAUUUAUAUACAUA